ACACAACGCAGCAAGGUACAACAUCCCUCGACACUGGCUACAUUCAACAGACGCAUACCAUGUCAAGUGUGACUGAGCCGCUACAACCGACCCUCAAGGGCAAUCAAGAGCGCACGACACCCUUCAAGAAUGACAUCUUCGCCAAACCUACACCAGACAAGGUUGCGCGGCUUCGCAAACGCCCAAGUCGUCCCUCUUCUGCACAAACGGAUACAGAGGGUGAUUGGAUCUCUGAAGAGAGCAGCCCUGCUGCUGUGAAUGGUGGGCGCUCGGCAGGUUUGCGAUCAACGUAUGGCUCGCCGUCCCUUCGAGCGCGCAAGUCUACCGCUUCGUUACGAUUGAAGCAGGAAGCCAUGAAGCACUCGAAGCGUGGACAGGAUGAAGAGCGCUGGAUUGCCUUGCUUGAAAGGCAGAAUGAGGAACUGCUGUCGCAAAUCAGCUUGUUGACAAAGGACCUGACACAAUCUGACAAGAAGCACAAGACCAUGCUACGUCGUGAGCAAGAGGAAGUGGCACAUUUGCAGCAGGAACUCCGAGAAUGGACGAGCGCACUGACGGAGCAAGGCGAGACACACCGUCGUGAACGAGCUGCCUUUCGAAGUCAGCUGGUGGAUGUGCGUAUCCAUGCAAGCAAGAAGGAAGCGGAACAUCAAUCACGCCUUGCGUCACUCCACCAAGAUCUCGCCACUUUGGCGCGCGAGAAGGAAGCGGCGGUGCUGCGAGCAAAACGCAGUGAGCAAGAGCUACAGUAUGCAAAGCGACGCAAUGCCUCGUUGGCAGAGGAGUUGCUUGCCAAGAAGACGCUCGAGUUGACGGUCGAGGGACAGCAGCGAUACUUGCUAGAGUUGUCAAGCGCAUUGGAUCGCAUGCAGGAAGAACAGGGUCUUGCAUCGCCCGUCUCACAAGCUGCAACGUCGCAUAUGGAAGGCUUGUCGCGGCAGAGUCGACCGGGUAGCUUGGAUGGUCACGCUCUCACACAAGAAGUCUUUGCCAGUCUUGCGUCUACAGGCUCCACUUCAUGCUCAACCCGUCGUCUGUCACGCGACUCGCCUACUGCAAUCAAAAGGCUGUUUAUGGAGCAUUUGACGAGUCCUGCGGAUAUGCCGCCGAGUCCGCCUGCUACGACCUGUGCUGAGCAAGAAGCCUUCUACCUGCCACCAUCACCUGCAUCUUGCAUCUUUCAACCCUCGUCGCUUCGUCACAGGCGCAAUACCUCACUAUGGGCCGAACUCGGUGCAUUGCAGGAUGAAGCAGAGGCCGAGUCUCCAUCAAAACACACUUCUCGUGUCUCAACAGCGAAUACGUCUACGUCGCUGACAAGCACUGUGGCUACGGAACCAGUUCAACUACAAGUGUUGAUGCGACCUAUUGUACACAUUCGAGGCAUGGCGUUGGAGAGAGCGACGCGUGUGGUGCUGGUACUGAGUGCUUGGCUCAAAUUCCUGAUUGUGUUGAUUGCAGCGUUUGCGUUUGCGGUGUAUGAAGGUCCUGCGCAGUGGCGACUUGGCUCGAGCCAGUCUUCGAGUAUGGAGUGACUAUGCUUUCUUAUGAUCUGUAUUGAUAUUGGUAUUCUUUCAGCUGCUUCUGACAUACUGAUAUGUGCAUGAUUGUUAUAGUCUGACGCUGUUGU